UUUUAAAACCGGUCUCAUACUUAGAGGAAUGUAUAUCACACAUUUUCACAUUGAUAAAUAAAUAUUCUAAGAGGUUAACCUUCUUCAUUUGGUCUCCUGAAGUGAACAUAUGGUGUAUUGUCAUCAUUUUCUAUCCUUACUGGUUCUAAAAUAAAUAAUUUAUUUAGGUCAUGUAUAAAAAGGCAAAAUAAAAAAACAAUAAUAAUUAUCUUCAAUAUCAAUCUAAAAGAAUUGUUAACUUAUAAUGUUUACCAAUUCCAACUAUCAUUCAAUUAAACAAAUAUAAUAAUAUACAUAAGAGUUUCAAGUUGUCUAACUAAGUAAAAACAUUUUUAUCAACAGUAAAAUAAAAAUCAAAAUUUCCAUCUAAAAUAUAAAACUUGUUUUUCCCAAUUAUUGAGAAAAGUACUAGAAUUUUGUCCUCCCAAGAAUACCAUCUAGAUUCCUAUCAGAAAAUAUACUUAAGUUGAAAUUUAUUUUCUACUUUAAAUUAUAUAUACAUACACUACCUAGUAAAAUUAAUACAUUCAUCGCUCUACUCUAAAUUGAAAAUAAUUGAAAAUAAAUAAAUAGAUUCUAUGGAAAUACUAAAUAAAAAUUGUAAAAUCAGAAGUCAAUCUACAACUACUCUAAUCAACAUUGUUUAGAAUGUGUUUCUUUAAGUUACUAUAGUGUCUACCAUGCUUUUUGAGUAAAGAAUAUUAAAAAAAAUGUUUGGUAGGUAUAUAGUUUUAAAACUAGUGCUAUAUUAAAAAAUGAAUAUUAGUAUAUUACACAUUGUUAAAUAAAUAUUUUAAGAGGUUAUUUAUUACCUUCUUCAUUUUGUCUCCUGAAAUGAACAUUCGGCAUAUCCCCAUCGUUUUCGGUUCCUAUUGGUUCUAAAAUAAAUUUUUUACUUAGGACAUGCAUAAAAAGACAAAAAAAAUUUUAAAAAAACAUUAAUAAUUAUCUUCAAUUGCAAUCUUAAGGAAUUAUUAACUUAUAAUAUGAUGAUUACCAUUUCCCAACAAUCAUUCAAUUAAGUCAUACAAUUUACAAAUAUAACAACGACUGAAUAUAGCCAAAUAUAUUUUAUUAAACUUCAGUCAACGUAUGCAUAACAGAUCUAGUGAAAAAAAAAUGUACCUAAAAACGGGCAGAUAAUUGUUUUGUAAUUAAGUAUUAAAUUUUUAAAACAAUAGCUACAUGUGUGUAAAAUAUAUAUUAGUCAUAGAUUAUAAAGUAUUAUAUUAAGUUCAGUGUCUUACCUUGUCUAAAAUAUUGUGGUUCGUAUAGCGGUAAGGGUGACAUAAAAGGCAGAUUAUAGUUUAGAAGUACCUGCUGGAAAAAUUGAGGAGGCGAUUCAUAAGCAUAAAUUUGGCGCUCUGCUGGCUCUACAAUAAAUAAAUAAUUUAUAUUUUGCUUUUACAAAAAUAGACAAAAAUGAAGGCAUGAUUACCAAUAUGAUCUGCAAUAUUAUUCGCAUCAUCAUCUUCAACUUGUUGCUCUACAAAAUAACAAUAAUAUCAUUUUCAGCUACAUACUUUUGUAAAUUUUGUAAAGCUAGAAAGGAAAUAACAAAAAACAUGUUUGAAGAAGAUUGCCUGUUAAUGGGGAAUAUUACUAAUUAUAAAACUGAUGUUGCUAUUAAUGAUAUUUCUGAAACAGGAGUUCACGACAAAAUGGAUGAAAGAGAUGAAGACACAAAUGAAUUGUCAUCUGACUUGUUUAAUACAAGUAAUAUUAAUAACCUUGUUCUUUUUCAAAAUGUGAAUGACCCCCAUAGCUCAAACAACAAUGAUUGGUCAAAAAUUACAGAAGAAGAAUCAUAUAGCUUGUGGUUAUUGUUAAGUGAAUGGAGAUUGAGCUAUUUGUAUAAAACAUGCACUGAUUUGAUGAUUGACUUAGAAUGUUUGAGAUAUAUUACAACAACUCAAUGUGAAAAGUUGUUGAAAAAUUAUCCUUUGGGAAUUCAAAUUAAAUUUGAACGUCAUUUAACAAAUUGGAAAAAAGACAAUCCAGUUCCAAAUGAAUUAUUGGAGCUUCAAAGUGUUGGCCAAAAUAUUUCAAACGAAAUUCCUAUAAAGAUUUCUGAAACAUCAAUAACUGUUACAAAGCCAUUAUUAAGCUUAUGCGAAAUACUUGAAAGUUCACCACAAGCACAAAUGGUGCUUGCCAACUACAAAAAGUAUGGUUCAUUAAAUGAUGCGUGUAGAUUAAUUCUUGUAGAUAUGGUAAUUAAGACAGCAAUAAAAGAAGAUGUUAUUAUGACAGUUAAAACUGCAGAACAAAUUUCUGAUCAAAUUGUUGCAGAUUUCCCAAAGGAAGUUAAGGAUUAUUACUUUAUGCGUGAAGGCAGCAAAGCUCCUAAAGGAAAGUUAUAUGCAAAGUAUCAUAAUGUGGUGCGCAAUUUAAAAAACGGUGGGCUUAUAGAAUCUACAAAAAGACCUAAACCAUCAAAUGUUGAAAUGAGUUAUGUCCGUCACAUGAUUAACUUUGAUUUUGAAACUGAUAUAGAUCAAUAUUUAAAUAGUCUGAAUCAUGAUAACUGUACAUUCAAUGAAAUUGAGGUUAUUUGGAAGGCAACUGUCAAGUAUAGGCUAAAUUAUAUUAAAAACAGUCAGAGUACAACUGAGACAUUAAAACAUUGGAGCAGUUACAAACUCCCAGCUUGUUAUAAAUUAAUUGAUAUUGAUUUUAAUAUGCUCUAUCCAUCUGCCUCAAACUUAUUGACUAUUUAUCCAGAUGUAUCAUCCAAACUUAUUGAAUUGUUAAAAUUAAAAAUAAAAGAUUCACAAAGUUUAAAACUACUAGAUGAAAUUCUCGAAAAGAAUUUGUUAGAAAAUGGCCGUGAUGCCUGUAUAUUUCAUCUUUUACACGCAUUAUUUAUUCCUACUGCAAAAAAAUCCACUCGUAAUGAAAAAGGCCAAAAAUCCAUCAUAAAGUUUUCAAUUCGAGAUUCACAGCAGUCAUUUAUGAUUAAUGUUGAUACAGUUUCACAGUUCGAAGAUAUAAUAUCUAGAAAAAAAGGUUUAGGUAUCCCAAUCCAACCAUUUAUUGUGAUGAUUGGUCAAUUACAUGAACCAAAAGACAUAAUUGUUUACUUUGAUGAUAUUAAAUACAAAGUUUUAACCAUUCAGAGAGCAGUUGAUGUCGUUUUUAAGUUGUUCCAUACAUUCAAUUUGUUAUAUCCUGAUGAAUCUUAUAUUUUAUGGUUAUUCAUACAAAAGUUUUUUUAUAAUAUUCACAUUAAGUCAGACCAAUCACAUCCAAUUAUAAGUUUAAUUAUUUCAGAACUAAAUAAAUAAAAUAUAUUUAAUAAGUAUUGAUUUUAUACCCAUACCUAAGUAUUUUGUAUUGUGAAGCCAAGACAAGGCCAAAUUUUUAUAUAUUAUAAAUAUUUCCUCUAUUUAUUUUCUAUUUAUGUUUUAUUAAAUAUUAUUUUAUUAAUAGUUUGUAUAAUUAACUUAUGAUUUGUAUUAAGUAUUGAGAUUAAUUUUGUGUUGUAAAGCCAAGACAAUGGCAACAUUUUUUAUAUUAAAUAUAUUGUAACUCAAUUUAUUUUCUAUUUAUGUUUUAUUAAAUAUUAUUUUAUUAAUAGUUUGUAUUAUUAACUUAUAAUUUGUAGUAAGAGGUAAGAAAAAUGUAUUGUGAAGUCAAGACUAGGCUAGAAUUUGAUAUACUGUUACUAACAUAUUAAGGUAAUACAUUGUAUAAUAAUAUCAUAAUUUGUUAUUUUAUUGUUUUGUUUAAAUAUUGGAAUACAUUUUAAAAAAAACUACUUGUUAGUUUAUUUUAAUUGAGCCUUAUUCACUUUAAAUGUAUACAUAUAUAUCAUAAAAAUUAUUAUAUAUUAUAUUAUGACUUAUAUAUUUUGUCAGUUUUACCUGUGGAGCCUAAGGAGUAAGAACUAUAAGCAACAAUACAACUUUGUAAAUAAUACAAAUCACAUUAUAGAAUUAACAGACAAUUAAUUUAAAAUAAUGAAUGUCGAUUGUUUAUUAGACAUUGUUAAAAUUGUUAUCAAUAAAUUGUAUUGUUGAAUUAACUUUCCUUAAUUAUGUUAAUAAUAAUAAGGUUAAUUUACGUUUAACACAAUAUCUGUUGUAUUAACAGAGAUAAUUGUUGUUUUAUUCAUAUUGUAAAUUUAACAAUGUUAUUGAUAUAGGUA